CGGAAGCCGAGCGGGCGUCUGAGCGAAGUCAGCGAGGAGUGGGAUCGGGGCUGUCCGCUGCGAUGAUCCCACCGCAGGAGGCUUCCGCCCGGCGGCGGGAAAUCGAGGACAAGCUGAAGAAGGAGGAGGAGACGCUGUCCUUCAUCCGAGACAGCCUGGAGAAGAGCGACCAGCUCACUAAGAACAUGGUGUCUAUCCUCUCGUCCUUCGAGAGCCGGCUCAUGAAGCUGGAGAACUCCAUCAUCCCCGUGCACAAGCAGACGGAGAAUCUGCAGAGGCUGCAGGAUAAUGUAGAAAAGACAUUAUCCUGCCUGGACCACGUCAUCAGCUAUUACCAUGUAGCCAGCGACACUGAGAAGAUCAUCAAGGAGGGUCCCACAGGCAGAUUGGAAGAAUACCUGGGAAGCAUGGCCAAAAUCCAGAAGGCUGUGGAGUAUUUUCAGGACAACAGCCCAGACAGUCCAGAGCUCAACAAAGUGAAGCUGCUGUUUGAGCGGGGGAAGGAGUCCCUGGAGUCUGAGUUCCGCAGUCUGAUGACCCGGCACAGCAAGGUUGUCUCCCCUGUGCUCAUCCUGGACCUGAUCAGUGGUUAUGAUGACCUGGAGGUCCAGGAAGAUGUGGCCCUGGAGCACCUGCCUGAGGGUGUGCUCCAGGAUGUCAUCCGCAUCUCCCGCUGGCUGGUGGAGUACGGCCGGAACCAAGACUUCAUGAAUGUCUACUACCAGAUCCGCUCUAGCCAGCUGGACCGCUCCAUCAAAGGCCUGAAGGAGCAUUUCCGCAAAAGCAGCUCCUCCUCUGGGGUGCCCUACUCCCCUGCCAUCCCCAACAAGAGGAAAGACACACCUACCAAGAAGCCCGUCAAGCGGCCAGGGACGAUCCGUAAGGCUCAGAACCUUCUGAAACAGUAUUCCCAGCAUGGUCUAGAUGGGAAAAAGGGGGGCUCUAACCUCAUUCCUCUGGAAGGGAGAGAUGACAUGCUGGAUGUGGAGACUGACGCCUACAUUCACUGUGUCAGCGCCUUUGUCAAGCUGGCCCAGAGCGAAUACCAGCUGCUGACGGACAUCAUCCCCGAGCACCAUCAGAAGAAAACCUUUGACUCCUUGAUUCAGGAUGCACUGGACGGACUGAUGCUUGAGGGGGAGAACAUCGUGUCUGCUGCCAGGAAAGCCAUCAUCCGCCAUGACUUCUCCACAGUGCUCACAAUCUUCCCCAUCCUGCGGCACCUCAAGCAGACCAAGCCUGAGUUUGACCAGGUGCUCCAGGGCACAGCAGCCAGCACCAAGAACAAGCUGCCCAGCCUCAUCACCUCCAUGGAGACCAUUGGAGCCAAAGCACUAGAAGACUUUGCUGACAACAUUAAGAAUGAUCCAGACAAAGAAUACAACAUGCCCAAGGAUGGCACCGUCCACGAGCUCACAAGCAACGCCAUCCUUUUCCUACAGCAGCUUCUGGACUUUCAGGAGACGGCAGGUGCCAUGCUGGCCUCUCAAGAAACCAGCUCUUCGGCCACCAGCUACAGCUCCGAGUUCAGCAAGCGCCUGCUGAGCACCUAUAUCUGCAAAGUCUUGGGAAACCUGCAGCUGAACUUGCUGAGCAAGUCCAAGGUGUAUGAGGACCCAGCACUGAGCGCCAUCUUCCUACACAACAACUAUAACUACAUCCUCAAGUCCUUGGAGAAGUCUGAGCUGAUCCUGCUGGUGGCUGUGACCCAGAAGACUGCUGAGCGUUCCUACCGGGAGCACAUCGAGCAGCAGAUCCAGACCUACCAGCGCAGCUGGUUAAAGGUGACUGAUUACAUCACAGAGAAGAAUCUUCCGGUGUUACAGCCUGGAGUCAAGCUCCGGGACAAGGAGCGGCAGAUAAUUAAGGAACGUUUCAAGGGCUUCAAUGAUGGCCUUGAAGAUCUGUGCAAGAUUCAGAAGGCCUGGGCCAUUCCAGACACAGAGCAGAGGGACAAGAUUCGACAAGCUCAGAAAACCAUUGUCAAGGAGACCUAUGGGGCCUUUCUGCACAGGUAUGGCAGCGUGCCCUUCACCAAGAAUCCCGAGAAGUACAUCAAGUACCGUGUGGAGCAGGUGGGCGAAAUGAUCGAUCGCCUUUUCGACACCUCUGCCUAAGCCUGCCCGUGUGCUGCCUCGUUCCUCCAGACUCCCACGUCAUUGGACUGAUUUAGUAUACCCCUGCGCCGGGAACCCUGUCCCUGCUGUUUGCAGCUCCCCUGCGGCCCACAUCUCCUGUCACACUAGCACUCGCCCAGAAUAUGGGGUCCUCUCACGUUGGGCUUCAUUGUGGAGUGCAGCCAGCAGGGGCCCCAAGAUGACUUCGGAGACAGAGGCUGAUGCCCCUAGCUGCUGUGUGGGAGCCAAGAAUGAGAUGACAGACUCCACCCUGGUCUACUUCCAUCCUCUUCAGCCCACAGAUGAGCGGGCUCAAAGAACAGGCCAAAUGGCAGCCAGCAGAGCUGGAGGCCAGGUUGUCAUGUGACCUGCUCCCUGGGACUUGUGCAGUAGCCCCAGUUCUCUGGAAUGCCCUGCUACCUGGGAGUCCCCUGGUGACAGGAGGUGGGAGGGCUCUUUCUCUGGUCCCUUUGGAUCUAGCACACUGUAACAAGUGUUUGGAGGAGUUGUAAACCGCCCUGUGGGGGCAGCCCCUCGGGUAUCUGUUCCCUGGCUCCCAGCUUCUGUGCUCACAGCCCAGGGCAUGCAGCGGUGGCUACAGAAAGUUUAGCCUAGAAGCAUGAGGGGCAGGGAACUGGCGGACAAAGGGGAGCAAUUCAGGAGCAAAGUGUGAGGCUGUGAGGGUGAAGCUGGGCUGUAGGUUGGCAAUGAACAGCUGUGUCAGGAAGGCAGACCCUUAGGGUACAUUUGGGUGAUGGCUUGUUUUGCUUUUAUACACGGGGCACUCGGGAUCCAUGUGCCUCCUGCUAGAGAAUGGAGCUGACCCUCUUUAGAGACAGUGUCCUAGCCAUAGGAACUGUGCUGUACCCUCAAAUCUGUAUCCCUAGGCCCCACCCUGUUAUAGACUGGGUUGUCCACCAGGAGGCUACCUUGCUAGGGGCCAGGUCACACUUGCACGCGUCCCACAUCCAGACUGGCCACAUACAUGACCUGACUGCACACCACACUCCCACAUACAUGACCUGACUGCACAUCACACUCCCACAUACAUGACCUGACUGCACACCACACUCCCACAUACAUGACCUGACUGCACACCACACUCCCACAUACAUGACCUGGCUGCACAUCACACUCCCACAUACAUGAGGAAGAAGGUGGCUCAGCAACUGUAGCUCGGCCUUUCCUAACUCUUUCCUCUUCCAGGAGCUGCUGGCAAGGAAAGGAACUGUCUUCCAGAGCAGAAAGGUGAAAGGGCUUCUUAGUCCAGAGUGUCCCUUCUUUAGUUGGACUAAUUAAAGUUUGGGUCUGGUUCUUCCUAAGCCUCCUCCAGAGGAAGAAGCACCGUUGAGAGAAAUUUGCCAAGCAUGAGCUUCUCUCAGGGGCCAUCUGGGCCUUUGGGGGGAAUGAUUCUGCCUGGCUUCAUAAAUGCUUCUACCUGGGGAGAGAAAGAUGGCACCCAAGCCAGGUGCCAGCAGACAGAUGCCGAAAGCCUGCAGCCACCCAGUCUCCGAGUCUGGCCGGCUGCAGGUGUGCAGCUUACCACUCUGCUCUGUUCCAUCCCCACGAGCCGCACUCCCAGGAUGGGCCUUACCCUUGCCUACCCUCCACACUAGGUCCUGGACUCUUCCCAUCACUCAGUUCCCCUCUGGGCACAGGCUUGGGGCUGCUCUUGUCUCCAGGGCUAUGUCUCCAUGGCAGCCUUGGUGCUGAGGAAGUGCAGCAGCAGGUGAAGAAGUCAGCUGCCGUUGGAAGGGACGGAGGCUGGACCUGGACCCAACUGGUCUUGGUGGGAGCAGGGGAGCAGGUCUUACUGAGCAGUGGAUUACAGGAAGAAGAACUGGACAGAGCCUGCACUGGGGAGGAGUGGAAGGCAAGGAAGUCAAGCAACAGUGUCACUUUGUAGGCAGUGCACAUAGUGGUUUGACCCUCACGCAUCGGCCAAUAGCAGUGUCUCCCUGGGAACCAGCCCCACCAAGAUGGACUUGGGCUCAGUGUUCUUCGGGUACAUCUUGGAAGGAAAAAGGCAUUUCCUGGGUGUGGAGAGAGCAGGCAGAAGAGAGACCACCAUGCCUCUGGGGAUAUUUAUACCAUCACUCCCCUCCACCGGGCUCUGCCAGCCUCUUCCCAGGUGGACUCUGUCACUGGGAAGCAGGACAUGGGAUGCCCGAGUGGGACCUGAGCUUUCCUGUCAUGAGCUGCAUGUUCUUUCUUGACACAAUCUCCUCUACCACAUGGACCUGGAACUCCAGCUCCGUCACUGAAAGGGGUAGGAUACAAGUCCCGGAAGCUGCAGGCUUCUGAGGGCUGGUGGGAGAGGGAGCCAAUCCACAAGGUCUCCCUGGCCUUUGGGGGCAAACCGGAUGGCCUCCAGUUAAAGAAGAGCCUUAGACGCAGUUGAGUUGUCCUUGUGGAAAUAAAUGCACUUGACAGCA